UAUUUGUGUUGAUUUAUUUAUUUAUUUUUUUGCCAGGUGGAUUUGAUGAGAAACAUUAGCACUAUUCCACAGCCUUUUUUGUACACCAGACAUGUUCACUUUCUCAAUUUCACAAGGUUUAGGAUAGAACAGCCUGUCUACAUAAACAUCAUCAGGGAUCCUAUUAACCGUUUCCUCUCCAAUUACUUUUUUCGUCGUUUUGGGGACUGGAGAGGAGAGCAGAAUCACUUGAUCCGCACACCCCAGAUGAAAGAUGAUGAGCGAUAUCUGGACAUUAAUGUUUGCAUCAUGGAGAACUACCCAGAGUGUUCUAACCCACGUCUCUUUUACAUUGUUCCAUACUUUUGUGGACAACACCCUCAGUGCAGGGAGCCGGGUGUUUGGGCUGUGGAGAGGGCCAAACAAAACGUUAUAGAGAAUUUCCUACUUGUGGGAAUUCUGGAGGAGCUGGAGGAUGUGUUGCUCUUGCUGGAGAGACUCCUACCUCACUACUUCAGUGAUGUCCUAACCAUCUACAAGAGUCCAGCAUUCUGGAAGAUGGGGAACCUUACAGGCACAGUGAAGAAGCACAUGCCCACUCUAGAGGCCCUACAGGUACUUUACCAAAGGAUGAAGUAUGAGUAUGACUUUUACAACUUCAUUCGUGACCAGUUUCAUCUCACUAAGAAGAAGAUCGGCCUCAAGUCUGCCUCCCAAAACUCUGCUCAUGAACCUGACUUUCUCCGCGAGCUCGCCCUCAGGACCCAUGAGCCUUUGGAGGAGGAGGAGGAGGAGGAAGAAGAAGAGGACAUGGGGCAAGAAGAUGCCAACAUCUGGUUGGUUCAGCCCUGAGUAAUAGCCAUUGAGGUGUAGGCAUGGCAGAUAUCUCAUAAGCUUGAUGUCUAUGUCCAGUCAGGAGGUAGAGUCAAAAGUCCCAGGUUAAAAUUGGGUGUUUAACCCCCGUUUUUAACCGGAUGACCCUUCAAGACACUCUCAAGAGGAGAAGGGGGUCGCAGAAGGGUCUGGAUAAUUAUUUAAGGAACCAACAAUUGUGGCAAAACAAUUUUGUUCAUCUUUAUGAAAUUUAGUUGGUUAUGAUCAUUUCCUGGUGAGAUGAUUCAAGGUUGGAAUUACAGGGAUAUUGCUUGAUUGUCAGAAUGGAGGGAUGAACUAAUUGUGGUUUAGCAGAAUGAGAUGCUGUGGAAGUCUGAUUUUAGGCACUACUUCUGUACACUUGGUACCUGGGUGAUCUCAGACUCGCGCGUCAACAACACACUUUCACACAUGAACACAUUCAGACUAUGCUAUGUAGGCGAGUGAGGAUCACAACAACGUGCCAAACCUUCAAAGUGCCAAGGAUUACUGCAUCAAGCUUAGACGCUGUAGCUGUAAUCACCGUAAAACAACUCAAACGCACCAAUCAGAUCUCUUCAUCACUCGCUUCCACUUCUGGUUCCAGAAACCUGCUGCAACUCUGUGCCAGAAUUUCAGUCUUUUUUUGAAAGAAUCGUUUUAUGUUGUACAUGUAAGAUGUACAAUGAAUCAAAACUGUUUGAAUGCCUGGAACAUGUCAAAUGCAGCACAUUGUUCAUUUAAAAUGUUUGAUGUAGAUGUUGAACAUGUUCUUGCCUUGUCAGUGUGUCAUCUGUUGUGUUCAGUCGUUGCGUAAAAUUGGACCCUUAUGUUCUUACAGUACUUGGUACACUUUGUGCUAACAACACUUAAAAGUAAUAGUUCACACACAUUGUAAUACAUUGUAAUGAUGUUUUUGUUAGCAGCAAUACAAUUUUAUCCCAUCCUGGUUUGCCUUACAGCGAAUAACAUAAAACUGCUGGGAUAUCAAAUAAUAUCUUGCUAGUUAAAACUAAGCUAUUCAAAGUUCAUACUCCUCUGUCAGCGCCUAAUGUUUUGAGCAGGAUCACAAGCUAAAACAAGAAGACAGUAAUAUUAAACUAAAUGAAUUAUUUUGGAGGUAAAACAAAUAUACUCAUGAUCAAGAAAAAUGUCACACAUAUUGAUGAAAAAACUAAUCUGACAACAGGACAAAAAUAUUCUUGAAUGUGAAAACAUGAGUUACUACACUGCAUUUAAACUCAAUUUAUGUGUGUGUGU